AGAGAGAGAGAGAGAGUGUGUUUUCAUAAAAUCUCUGGGGCUGUGAGCUGGGAAGUAGCUAUGAUGGCGUCCAGCUACAGCGCGAAGGAGGAAGACGGUCAUCACACCGGACCCGCGGGGCUCGGAGCCGCCACCCGGACCAGAAAACCCGACAACACGGCCUUCAAACAGCAGAGGCUCCCGGCCUGGCAGCCCAUCCUGACCGCGGGGACCGUGCUGCCCGCCUUCUUCAUCAUCGGCCUCAUCUUCAUCCCCAUAGGAAUAGGCCUCUACGUGACAUCCAACAACAUCAAGGAGUUCGAGAUCGAUUACACCGGGACUGAUAGGUCCAGUCCGUGUUUUGACUGCUCUCAGAGCUUCAGCUGGAACAGCACGAUACCGUGCAAAUGUUUCCUGUCCUUCUCUCUAGACCAGCCUUUCGAAAGUAAUGUCUUCAUGUACUAUGGUCUCUCAAAUUUCUACCAAAACCAUCGGCGAUAUGUGAAGUCCAGAGAUGACAGCCAGCUUAAUGGAGACGAGCGCUCGCUUAAGGAGCCAAGCAAAGAAUGUGAGCCGUACCGCACUAAUGAGAACAAGCCUAUAGCCCCGUGUGGAGCCAUUGCUAACAGCAUGUUUAAUGACACACUGGAUUUGUUUUACAUUAAUCCCAAUGGAUCAAAAACACAAAUUCAAUUGACCAAAAAAGGGAUUGCAUGGUGGACGGACAAACAUGUGAAGUUCAGGAACCCUGGUGGAAGCAACCCAAAUCUCACUGCUGUUUUUAAAGACACAGCGAAGCCGGUCAACUGGCACAAGCCUGUUUAUGAGCUGGACUCUGAGACGGAUAACAACGGCUUCAUAAACGAGGAUUUCAUCGUGUGGAUGCGCACAGCUGCUCUGCCCACCUUCAGAAAGCUCUACCGCAUCAUUCAGAAGAACAACAACAUGACACCCACGCUUCCCAGAGGCAACUACAGCCUGGAAGUCACCUACAACUACCCCGUGCGCAGCUUUGAAGGCCGGAAGCGUGUGAUCUUCAGCACCAUCUCCUGGAUGGGAGGGAAAAACCCCUUCCUGGGCAUCGCCUACAUGACCGUGGGCUCCAUCUGCUUCUUCCUCGGCGUGGUGCUCCUCUUCAUUCAUCACAAAUACGGAAACCGCAACAACAGCUCUGAUAUUGCCAGUUAAGCUUGUCGAGUGCAUGCGAUCUGUCAGGCGCAGGGUUUGAGUAGCAUGCUUCGAUUGGCGUUUUUUAAAGGUGCAAGAGCAUCUGACCACUUGAUGUUCUGUUUAUUUAUUACUCAAGAUGUUGUGUCCACUUCAAGUUUUAUUUUGUCAUUUUUAAUUUUUUUUCUGGUGA